UACUCAUUGUCGCGCUCUUUCAUAUUCGAAUCCCUAAUCUCUCAAUUUAUCCCUCUCUUUCCGUUGCCAUCAUCAUGUCUAGCAAGCGUAAAUCAAGAUCAUCUUCUUCUCCCGCUGCCGUCACCGUUCCGGCCAAACGCGCAACCACCAGAUCCUUGCCUUCCGCCGAGGAAGCUCCCGCAACUCCCUCCGCUGCCGAAGAGCAGUGCUCAAAAUUCGUAGGGGAGCCUCUUCCCGAAGAAGAAGCCAGGAGGCGCUGGCCGAAACGCUACCAGCAAAAGGAUAAGAAGCAUUCCACAGCAUCAAAGUCAAAAAGUAACGAAGACGAUGAGAUUAUUCAAGCUCGACGUCACUAUACUCAAGCAGAAGUAGAUGGAUGUAUGCUCUAUAAACUGUACGAUGAUGCCCAUGUUAAAGCAGAUGAAGGGGAGGAUAAUUACAUUUGUAAAAUUGUUGAAAUGUUUGAGGCCAUUGAUGGAGACUUGUAUUUUACAGCACAAUGGUACUAUAGGGCGAAAGAUACCGUCAUUAAAAAACUUGCAUAUCUUAUUGAACCAAAGCGAGUUUUUUUUUCUGAAGUUCAAGAUGACAAUCCAUUGGAUUGUCUAGUUGAAAAGCUUAACAUUGCUAGAAUCCCAUUAAAUGUAGAUUUAGAUGCUAAGAAGGAAACUAUUCCAUCUUGUGAUUAUUAUUGUGAUACGAAAUAUCUUUUGCCAUACUCUACAUUUGUUAAUUUACCAUCAGAAAAUGGAGAAUCGGUUAGUGAGAAUUCUUCUACAAUAUCUUGUGAGGAAGCUUUUGUUUCUGGUGAAAGUAAAGAUCCAGAAAUGAAAUUGUUAGAUUUAUAUUGUGGUUGUGGAGCAAUGUCAACUGGCUUGUGUCUUGGAGGAAAUUUAUCUGGUGUGAACCUUGUUACUAGAUGGGCGGUGGACAUGAAUGAACAUGCUUGUCAAAGUCUUAAAUUAAACCAUCCUGAAACUGAGGUUAGAAACGAAUCUGCAGAAAAUUUUCUUUCAUUAUUGAAGGAGUGGCAUAAAUUAUGUAGUUACUUCUCUCUAGUGGAAAAUAAGGUGUUACAUGAAAAGUAUGAGAAUUUUUUUAGUGAAGAUGACAACUCUUGUAGUAACGGAGAGGAUAAUGAUGAAGAGGAUGAAGAUGAAGAUGGUGAAAUAUUUGAAGUUGCUGAAAUCCUUGCUGUCUGCUAUGGUGAUCCAAAUAAGAAAAAAGAGCAAGGGUUAUACUUCAAGGUUCAUUGGAAGGGUUAUGGAUCUGAUGAGGAUUCUUGGGAACCAAUUGAAGGUCUAAGCAAUUGUAAGGAAAAAAUUAAGGAGUUUGUCAUUCAAGGCUUCCAGUCAAAGAUGUUGCCUUUGCCUGGAGAUGUUGAUGUAAUAUGUGGUGGUCCUCCUUGCCAAGGUAUUAGUGGUUUCAACCGGUUUCGGAACAAAGAGAGCCCUUUGUCAGAUGAGAAGAACAAACAACUUGUUGUUUAUAUGGACAUUGUUCAAUAUCUAAAGCCCAAAUUUGCAUUGAUGGAAAAUGUGGUUGAUCUUGUAAAAUUUUCGGAAGGCUUUCUUGGGAGAUAUGCCUUGGGUCGCCUCCUUCAAAUGAAUUAUCAAGCUCGCUUGGGAAUUAUGGCUGCGGGUGCUUACGGGCUUCCUCAGUUUCGUUUGCGUGUCUUCUUAUGGGGGGCUGCGCCUUGUCAGAAAUUGCCUCAAUUCCCUCUUCCAACUCAUGAUGUGAUUGUAAGGGGUGUUAUUCCUUUGGAGUUUGAGAUAAACACAGUAGCAUACGAUGAAGGGCAGAAUGUUCAACUACAGAAAAAGCUGCUAUUGGAAGAUGCUAUUUCUGACCUUCCUCCGGUUGAGAAUAAUGAACGUCGCGAUGAGAUAAAAUAUGGCAAACCUCCUCAAACGGAUUUCCAACGGUUCAUUAGAUUAAGCAAAGAUGAAAUGUUGGGGUUUCAAACAAAAUCGUCCAACUCUUUGCUUUAUGAUCAUCGCCCACUAGAAUUAAAUGUGGAUGAUUAUCAGCGUGUCUGUCGGAUCCCCAAAAAGAAGGGUGCAUGCUUCAGAGAUUUACCAGGUGUUCGAGUGGGAAGUGAUAACAAGGUUGAAUGGGAUCCAGAUGUGGAACGUGUAUAUUUGGAUUCAGGAAAACCAUUGGUUCCGGAUUAUGCUAUGUCUUUUGUGAAUGGAACUUCAUCAAAACCUUUUGCUCGGCUAUGGUGGGAUGAAACUGUUCCAACUGUUGUGACAAGAGCAGAACCCCACAAUCAGGCAAUUUUACACCCAGAACAAGAUAGAGUGAUGACAAUUCGUGAAAAUGCAAGACUCCAAGGUUUUCCAGAUUUCUACAAGCUGUGUGGGCCAGUCAAAGAAAGGUACAUUCAAGUUGGGAAUGCUGUGGCAGUUCCAGUAGCUCGAGCUUUAGGAUAUGCACUAGGCAUUGCAUUUCAAGGUUCUGCAACCGAUGGGCCAUUAUAUAAAUUGUCUGAUAAAUUUCCCAUGAUUAGGGAUCGAGUUUCUUCCGUCUCUUCCGAAGAUGAUGCGUAAUAUGACAUCAUGAUUCUGUGAUUUUGUAUCUGUAUUGUACAACAAUAUUUGAUUUCAAACAUUGUUGUGUAUUAUCCGGUUCAGUGUUAACUUUGAGGAAAGACACCAGAGUAUUAAUGAUAUGAUCAUAACCAGAGUUUUACUGUUCUUA